AUGGAAUAUUAUGCUGAAAACGAAAAAACUACUUAUUAUGAUGCAACUAACGAAAUUUUAGGCUGCGAACAUUAUCAAAGGUCUUGUAAAUUAUUAUGUCCCGAAUGUGUGAAUUUUUACACUUGCCAUCAUUGUCAUGAUGAAAAAAUACAUGAUCAUUCUCUUUCUCUAUUGAAAAAUAAUAGUUCAACUAAAAUUUUGUGCAUGAAUUGCAAUCUAAUUCAAUCUCCUUCAAAUUCCUGUUUUAAUUGCGAUAAUGUCUUUGCUAAUUAUUUCUGCUCUGUUUGUAAUUUAUAUGAUGACGAUAUUAAUAGAAACAUUUAUCACUGCAAAGAUUGUGGCAUAUGUCGAUUAGGUUAUGGACUUGGAAUAGAUUAUUAUCAUUGUAAAGGGUGCAAUGCUUGCAUAUCUAUCGAUUUAAAGGAUAACCACAAAUGUAUUCUAGACACUGUUAGAAGUGAUUGUCCGAUUUGUGGAGAAUAUCUUUUUAAUUCAAUUAAAACAGUUUUUUUUAUGAAAUGUGGCCAUUCAAUCCAUAAAAAAUGUUUCAAUAAAUAUGUUGAAAAUUUUUAUAAAUGCCCUCUUUGUUUAAAAUCAAUUAUUGAUAUGGAAAAUCAAUUCAGAAUUUUAGAUCAUGAAAUCUCGCAUCAGAUUUUACCCCAUCCUUAUUCCGAUUGGAAAUGCAUUGUUUUUUGCAAUGAUUGCACUUUGAAAUCCUCUUGUAAAUUUCACAUUAUCGGUUUAAAAUGUUCCAAUUGUGGAAGUUAUAACACC